AUGGCGGAACGCAACCCAAAGGACUCCAUGAAGUCCACCUGGCGGCAACAAGCCCGCUCCGAGUGGACCCUUUUCCACUGGUUCUAUGAACUGCUCGGCAUCCAUCCGGAACAUAUCGACGCCAAUGUGCCCAUCCACUUGAAGGAAGACUCCGUGCCGUACGUUCCAGACUGGUCGAUGCAUCGCUGGGUCAUCACCCACGCCAUCAUCCCUAUCUUGUUGCAACAUGCGUAUGUCCAGUUCACCGGCCAUAAUAUCGGCCCCAUCGGCGCCUUCAUCCUCUAUAGCGUCGCUUUCAAGGCCAUCGCUAUCCACGAGCUACACGUCCUCCGUCGUCUGGGCCACACUCACGGCUUCCUCGAUGGCGAUAAGCACGCUCGCGACGGCGUUCCAGACAUCGGCGUCGCCAAAGUCGUCCGCUCGCUCAUGUCCACCUCGACUUUCCGUCCCAUGUUCACCGUCUUCUUUGCCUACCGGACCGCGCAGGCCCCCUCAUCCAUGAGCUUUGCCUGGCUACCGCUUGAGAUCGGCCUCUACGGCAUCAUCCUCGAUUUUUGGUUCUACUGGUAUCACCGGAUCAUGCACGACUUUGACGGUCUCUGGAAGUACCACCGCACCCAUCAUCUCACCAAGCACCCUAACCCACUUCUCACGCUGUACGCCGACAUGGAGCAGGAGUUUUUCGAUAUCGCCGGUAUUCCUCUGAUGACCUACUUCACCAUGCGUUUCCUCGGUAUGCCCAUUGGUUUCUAUGAGUGGUGGAUCUGCCACCAGUAUGUCGUCUUCGCCGAGUUGGCCGGUCACAGUGGCCUGCGUCUCCAUGCCUCUCCGCCCUCGACUCUGAGCUGGCUACUGCGCUUCUUCGACGCGGAGUUGGUCAUUGAGGACCACGAUCUGCACCACCGCAAGGGCUGGAAGAAGAGCCACAACUAUGGCAAGCAGACCCGCCUGUGGGACCGGAUCUUCGGCACAUGCUGCGAUCGUAUCGAGUCGGUGCCCCAUAACGUCGACUAUGUCAAUCAGUCGCCUAUGCCGCUAUAUUGA